AUGAGUACUGCCAAUAAUUUCCAAACUCAGCAUACGUUCGCUGACAGUGUCCCGGUUUCCGCGAUGCUCGCGCCAGGUGCGACACUACCCAACCCGAUGUUGAAUCCGUAUGAGAAUUACACCACUCCGAGCCACAGUCAGAUAGCCGCACGUCAGCUUAUGGCCAAAGAUCUACCGAUGUUUUCCGGGGACCCCGAAGAUUGGCCGCUGUUUUCGAGAAUGUUCUUUAAUACGACGCAAGCCUGCGGUUAUUCGGAUGCUGAUAACUUAACUCGGUUGCAACGUUGUCUACGAGGUCCCGCUCUAGAGGCUGUUAGAAGUAAAUUGCUGCUCCCGAAUUCUGUUCCAUUGGUCAUGGAGACCUUGAAAAUAUUAUAUGGCCGACCCGAAAUCCUGAUCUUCGCAUUGAUAAACAAAGUGAAAAAUACUCCAGGCCCGAAACCAGGGAGACUUGAUACGCUUAUUACUUUCGGAAUGACCGUGCAAAAUUUAGUGGACCAUCUUGCGGUUGGGCAGCACUUUGCACAUAUGAACAACCCGACUUUAAUCCACAAGCUUGUAGAUAAAUUGCCGGACCAAAUGAAGCUCGAUUGGGCAUUGUAUAAGGAACAAUUUUUGGAAGAUGAUUUGCGAGUUUUCGCGACGUUCAUGUCAGUUUUGGUCAAGGCGGCAACGGCAGUCACAAUAAACGUGGGAGAAAAACCUGAUAACCGUAAUUCGAAACUCGAUAAGCAAAAAGACAGAGGUUUUUUACAUACGCACACUACUGACGAAGUAAAUCAUCACUCUAAUGAGUGGCACCGGAACGAGUCGAGCUCUGAUAGUACGAAAUGGUGCAAGAUUUGCUUCAAGUCCGAACACAGGGUUCAAGACUGUUCAGAAUUUCUGAAAAAGAAUUUAGAGGAGCGAUGGACAGUCGUACACUGUAUUUCGCUUUGCCGAACCUGCUUGUUCCAGCACGGGCGAAGACCGUGUAAGCUUAAGAAAGCUUGCGGAGUAGAGGGGUGCAGCUAUAAACACCAUCCACUUCUACAUGGACCGAAAGCUAAUCAAUCAUCGGGAAGUUCAUCCGGCAUGGUGAACAAUCAUCGCCACGGAAGCCAAUCUUCGUUAUUCCGCAUUCUUCCCGUGACAUUAUCCAGCAGAGGUCGUUCGGUGAAAGUCUAUGCCUUCUACGACGAUGGGUCCUCUCUGACUCUGUUAGAAGAAAAGAUUGCAAAUCAGUUGGGGUUAGAAGGCGAAAGCGGAGUGUUAUGCUUGACUUGGACGGCGGAUGUUACUCGAGACGAGGACGGUUCCAAAUGGGUAAAUUUCGACAUAGCCGGAGAAGGACGAUCGCAAAAGUAUUCGCUUUCUAACGUUCGGACAGUGCAGAAUCUCUCUCUUCCAUCUCAAUCUCUACACUACCAACGGUUAGCUGCCAGAUACCCUCACCUUUCAGGACUUCCGGUGAGCGAUUAUAAUGAUGUGACUCCGCAUAUCCUAAUAGGAAACGACAACGCGCACUUGGCUGUAGCGCUCCGUAGAAGAGAAGGUAAAACAAAUGAUCCUAUCGCUACAAAAACACGACUCGGAUGGUCAAUCCACGGUCCGAUUUCUGAGAACACGAUUAUGGGCUCCGCGUUCAGCAUGCACAUCUGCCAAUGUUCUUCGAAACUGGAAGAAUUGCAUGAUAUAAUCAAACGAUCGUUCGCUGUAGAAAAUUUAGGCGUUUCUAUUCGAGAUGGACCCGAAUCUAUCGAAAAUCAACGAGCCCGCGUAAUCCUCGAAGCAACAACGAAGCGAGUAGGUCGCAGAUUCGAGACGGGUCUUCUGUGGCGGUACGACGUAUUCGAAUUCCCCGACAGUUACGCCAUGGCGUUCAAACGCUUAAUUUGUUUGGAGAAACGCAUGUCAGCUGAUGCUGUGGUUGGAGGCAGCGUUAGACGUCAGAUUUCAGAAUAUUUGGAAAAAGGAUAUUUGAGAGAAGCAACGGAAGUGGAACUACAGCAUACCGACCCCCGUCGGAUCUGGUACCUGCCCUUGGGAGUCGUAAUUAAUCCCAAGAAACCUGGCAAAAUUCGGAUUUUCUGCGAUGCGGCGGCCAAAGUUGACGGAGUGUGCUUGAAUUCUAUGCUGAUCAAAGGUCCUGACCAAUUGAUGUCGUUACCAAAGAUUUUGACUGGAUUCCGGGAGCGGAAAGUGGCUGUUUCCGCCGAUAUACGUGAAAUGUUUCACCGGGUGUUGAUCCGCGAAGCUGACGUACAGGCGCAACGGAUCCUUUGGCGAAAUGAACCGUCUGAACAACCAAAAACAUUCUUCAUGACUGUAGCCACCUUUGGGUCAACUAGCUCGCCGUGCUCUGUACAGCAUGUAAAAAACAUCAACGCGAGAGAGUUUGCUACGGAAUUUCCCGAGGCAGUCGAAUCCAUUUUACAUCACCACUAUAUGGAUGAUUACCUUCAAAGUUUUGAUGACGAAGCCGAAGCAAUAAAAAGAUCGUUAGAAGUGAAAUUUAUCCAUUCGCAAGCCGGGUUUGAGUUCCACUCUUGGUCAUCGAACUCGGAUCUUGUGCUGCAGGCCGUAGGGGAAACGGAUCCGUCAACUGUUAAAUCCUUUGACGUGGAAGAUCGAAAAGCUUCCUCAAGCGAAGCCAAACGAGUUCUGGGAAUGUUGUGGUUGCGAGAAGAAGAUGCGUUCACUUACUCUUCAGACUUUAAACACAUUCCUGAAAAUCCGACGAAGCGAGAAGUGUUAAGCAUCGUAAUGAGCUUGUACGAUCCUUUGGGCUUACUUGCUCAUUUUAUCAUCCACGGCAAGAUCCUGGUCCAGGAUAUUUGGCGGAAUCAUAAAUCUUGGGACGAGCCUAUUUCUGAGAAUUUACAAAUCCGAUGGGCUCAAUGGAUUUCUCUCUUCCCAAAGCUGAAAGAUGUUAGAAUUCCAAGACCAUAUUUUGGUAAAAGUGCGAUAGAUGAACUUGGAUCGAUACAACUACACGUUUUCGUGGAUGCGAGUGAGUUGGCGUACGCUUGUGCAUCCUAUUUAAGAGCUGAAGUUGGCGGAGUAGUAAAAUGUAUUUUAAUAUCCGCAAAAUCUAAAGUUGCUCCACUUAAGACUCUAUCGAUUCCUCGUCUUGAGCUACAGGCAGCAAUAAUCGGAAGUCGUCAAUCGAAAAACUUGCUUGAAACGCACUCUUUAAAAAUUUCACGAAGGGUCAUAUGGACGGACUCACGUACUGUUCUGGCGUGGAUUAACUCCGAUUCGCGAAAAUACAACCAAUUUGUUUCCUGUAGAAUUGGAGAGAUACUUGAAAGUACCGAGGCUUUCGAGUGGAAAUGGGUUCCGAGCAAACUUAAUGUCGCAGAUGAGGCCACCAAGUGGUCGACUGGGCCCGAUCUAUCAUCCGAGGGUCGAUGGUUCAACGGACCUUCUUUCUUAUACGAGCCAGAAGAUCGUUGGCCAUUCCAUCAAAAUGAAUGCUUCGAAACGGGAGAGGAAUUAAGACAAGUAAAAUGCAACGUAUUGAAUGUGCAUCGCGCCAUCGACCGAGCUCCACUGCUGAUUAAAUGGGAGAAUUUUUCCCAGUGGAAUCGUUUGAUUCACUCCAUUGGUUACGUGUAUCGUUAUUCGCAUAACCGCGUUAACACCUGGAAAAAUCUCGCUCGCCGAAAUGGAAACCUGCAGCAAGCCGAACUGGAGUCAGCAGAAAAAUUACUUUUCCGAACCAUGCAAAGUGAGGCAUACCCGCAUAGCUAA